UAAUCGAAGCGAGUAAUAUAUUGAAAAUAUUAUUCUUUCUUAGAUAACAUAUCAUGAAAUCUUUAUUUCAAGUUGUCUUUUGUAUAGUCGGCUUACGUUACGUUAUAUUUGAUGAAAAUAUUCCAUGAUUUGAUAAGACAGUUCUUUUGAGUAAAAUUCAAAAUGUUAAAUUGUCAAGAAAAAGAAAUCAUAGCUGUAGGAAAAGUUUUGAAUAAUACAUGUAGACCAUUGAAGGAAAGAUUUCGUGCUUUAUUUACAUUAAAAAAUAUUGGAGGAUCAUUAGCAAUACAAGAAAUUGAAAAAGGUUUUGCGGAUCCUUCAGCAUUAUUGAAACAUGAACUUGCAUAUUGUCUUGGGCAAAUGCAAGAUUCGCGUGCCAUACCAAUACUUGUAGAUGUUUUAAAAGACAAAAGUCAGGAACCAAUUGUUCGUCAUGAAGCUGGAGAGGCAUUGGGUGCUAUUGGUAAUAAUUGUGUAAUACCCAUUUUAAACGAGUAUAGUAAAGAAUCGAUUGUAGAAGUUGCAGAAACAUGCGAACUUGCUUUGAAUAGGUUAAGGUGGCUUAAUGAUACGAAAAUAAAAGACGAGGAUUUGUUAGAAAAUCCUUUUGCAUCUGUUGAUCCUGCACCACCUGCUCAAUUAAAAGAUAUACAAAUGUUAACAGAUGUUCUUUUAAAUGAGAAUAUACCUCUGUUUGAUCGAUAUAGAGCAAUGUUUUCAUUAAGAAAUUUACAAACAAAAGAAAGUGUUCAUGCUCUUGCUAAAGGAUUAAAUGCAGGUAGUACAUUAUUCCGUCAUGAAAUUGCAUUUAUACUAGGUCAAUUACAAGAAGAAGAAAGUGUACCUUACUUGCAAGCUUCUCUUGAAAACGUAAAUGAAAAUGAAAUGGUACGACAUGAAUGCGCUGAGGCUUUAGGCGCUAUAGCUUCGCCUCUGUGCUUUAACAUUCUAAAGAAAUAUUUGGACGACGAUAAACGUGUAGUUCGCGAAAGUUGUGUAAUAGCAUUGGAUAUGUGCGAAUAUGAAAAUAGUUUAGAAUUCCAAUAUGCCAAUAGCCUAUUAAAAAUUAACGCAUAAUAUUUUAAGCAUGUCCUUUGUAAUUAUAUAUUAUGUAAAAUAAAG